AUGCCUUCCACCAACGGUAUCACCGGCGCCAAGGUGCUCGACUCCAAGACCGCCCUCCAGGUCUUGAAGGAGUACGAGAGCCGCGAUGGCCUCGACAUUCACGAGCUCAUGGACACCAAGAAGCACGGUGGUCUGACCUACAACGACUUCCUGCUCCUCCCCGGCUACAUUGGCUUCCCCGCCUCUGCCGUCGUCCUGGACUCCCCCGUCACCAAGAGAAUCACCCUCAAGACCCCCUUCGUGUCCUCCCCCAUGGACACCGUCACCGAGCACGAGAUGGCCAUCGCCAUUGCUCUGCAGGGUGGUCUCGGUGUCAUCCACCACAACUGCUCCCCCGAGGAGCAGGCCGACAUGGUCCGCAAGGUCAAGCGUUACGAGAACGGCUUCAUCAUCGACCCCGUCGUCAUCAGCCGCGACACCACCGUCGGCGAGGCAAAGGCCUUGAAGGAGAAGUGGGGUUUCGGAGGAUUCCCCGUCACAGAAACCGGCAAGCUCGGCUCCAAGCUGCUGGGAAUCGUCACGAACCGCGACAUCCAGUUCGAGGACGACGCCUCCCUCUCCAUCUCCAAGGUCAUGGUCACCGACCUCAUCACCGCCUCCGACGGCACCGACCUGUCCGAGGCCAACAAGAUCCUCGCAAAGUCCAAAAAGGGCAAGCUCCCCAUCGUCGACAAGGACGGCAACCUCGUCUCCAUGAUCUCCCGCUCCGACCUCAACAAGAACCAGCACUUCCCCCUGGCCUCCAAGCUGCCCGACAGCAAGCAGCUCCUCUGCGGCGCCGCCAUCGGCACCCGCCCCGAGGACAAGCACCGCCUCAAGCUCCUCGUCGACGCCGGCCUCGACGUCGUCAUCCUCGACUCCUCCCAGGGUAACUCCAUGUACCAGGUCGAGAUGGUCCAGUGGAUCAAGAAGGAGUUCCCCGGCCUCGACGUCGUCGGCGGCAACGUCGUCACCCGCGAGCAGGCCGCCACCCUCAUCGAGGCCGGCGUCGACGGCCUCCGCAUCGGCAUGGGCUCCGGCUCCGCCUGCAUCACCCAGGAGGUCAUGGCCGUCGGCCGCCCCCAGGCCGCCGCCGUCCACUCCGUCAGCAGCUUCUCCGCCCGCUUCGGCGUCCCCUGCAUCGCCGACGGCGGCGUCCAGAACGUCGGCCACGUCGUCAAGGGUCUCUCCCUCGGCGCCUCCACCGUCAUGAUGGGCGGUCUCCUCGCCGGAACCACCGAGUCCCCCGGCACCUCCUUCGUCUCCCGCGAGGGCAAGCUCGUCAAGGCCUACCGCGGCAUGGGCUCCAUCGACGCCAUGCAGGACAAGAAGGCCGGCAACGGCGGCAAGGACAGCCAGAAGAGCAACGCCGGCACCGCCCGCUACUUCUCCGAGGGCGACAGCGUCCUCGUCGCCCAGGGCGUCACCGGCUCCGUCGCCCACCGCGGCCCCAUCAGCCGCUUCAUCCCCUACCUCUCCGCCGGCCUCAAGCACUCCAUGCAGGACUGCGGUAUCCAGUCCCUCAAGGAGCUCCGCGAGUCCGUCGACAACGGCACCCUCCGCUUCGAGCUCCGCACCGCCAGCGCUCAGAUGGAGGGUAACGUCAACAUGGAGUCCUACGAGAAGAAGCUCUUUGCCUGA